AGUGCGGUGUGACAUCCUUGAGCCGCUGUCACACCUGCCAUGGUUUAACGAGGGCGGGACACGGGGAGCUCUGCCCUGGCUCUGAACCCGCUCUCUCCCCAGGCCGCUGCCGUGUCCGUGGGAUGAGCCAGCUGCUGUCCGGCGCCGUGCUGGCACUCAUGGGGCUGCUGUUCGCCAGGACCAUGGCCUGGACAUCCAGCGGGAAAACGCACGCGGAGCUGGUCAACAACCUCUACAAAAAAGGGAUCAUUAAGUCUCAGCGAGUUUUCGAUGUGCUGUUGGCUACGGACAGAGGUCACUACAUCAAGUAUUUCCCAUACAUGGACUCUCCUCAAUCCAUUGGCUACAAGGCUACCAUCAGCGCCCCACACAUGCACGCCCACGCGCUGGAGCUGCUCAAGGAUCAGCUGGUGGAAGGUGCCAAGGCGCUGGAUGUGGGAUCUGGGAGCGGAUACCUCACCGCGUGCUUCGCCAGGAUGAUUGGCCCGACAGGAAAAGCUGUGGGUGUGGAGCACAUCAAGGAGCUGGUGCACGAAUCCAUCCGGAACGUCCAAGAGGAUGAUCCGACGCUGCUCAGCUCUGGCCGUGUGAAGCUUGUGGUUGGAGAUGGCAGGCAGGGAUAUCCCGAGGAGGCUCCUUACGAUGCGAUCCAUGUGGGAGCGGCUGCAGCCACCGUCCCCAGAGAGCUGCUGAAGGAGCUGAAGCCAGGCGGGCGGUUGAUCGUGCCCGUGGGGCCCGAGGGAGCAAACCAGGUGCUGAUGCAGUAUGACAAGACCAGUGAUGGACAUAUAGUCGAGACCCAGCUCAUGGGCGUCAUCUACGUCCCUCUCACAGACAAGGAAAAGCAGUGGCCUCGGUAAAAUCUGCUGUUCCCUGAGGAACACUCCCUCCUCUUCCUCUGAGCUUGCUUUCCUUGGCUUUGCUGACCGAGUCCUGGAUCCCUGGUGGAUGCCGUUUGUGGGGAAAAAAAGGAGAGAACAGCUUGGCAAAGCAGGGAGUAUCUUCUGUUUGAGAGAGCUUGCAGAGUUUUAUUUCCUCUUUUUCUGGAGCCUGUGUGUGUUUUUAAAUUCCACGUGAUGCUGGCACAGAACUGAGGGAGUAGUAACUGUUGGUUUUCCUUUGCCUCAGGGAUGACCUCUGACACAUGGAUGGAUAUCUCUAAAGGCACCUCAGAAAGCUCAUGAGAGGGACUUAGGCCUGUAGAUGGUCAGUAUGGUUUUGCUUUUUAAUGGAAAUUUCAUCAAUGGAUAAAGGGAAAUCCUGCUUCAGAGGAGCUCGUUCUGGAGGGAUGGAGAACAGGGACAAGACCAGGGGAGGCUCUUGGAGGCCAUGGCAGCUUCCAGGGAGUGGGUCCAGACAACUCCAGCUAUCCUGUCUGAUAAACUCUAGAUAACAUCAGUUCACAGAGAAUUCUGAAAGCAGACAGGAAUAUCUAAAGCUUCACUAAAACCACUUUAAUAUCGACUACUCUGCCUAAUGCUUGGCAAAAAUAAGUCGCAAUUAGUGUCUCGGAGCAGCAAUGUACCCUGAUUUGUCAUUGUUUUUAAACAUGGGAGUGUGUCCUCUCCUGCCUGCACCAACUAAUUUAAUCAUGGGCAGCAGCACUGGAUUGUAGUGUUAUGAAAGAUCCUCGUUUCUUGGAGUGUUUUUUUCUGUUUGGAGUUUUGAAAAACGAUCAUUUCUGGACUUUUCCCCCUUUGGGAUUAUAAAAAAUGUUCAUUUCUUGGCUGUUCUGAUUUGGGUUAUUAAGAAAUGCUCGUGUUUCGGCUUUUCCCUGACGUGUCCCUCCCGCAGGCGGUGAUUGAGCAGGUUCACAUGGGGCAGGCGGGCUGCGGUGAGGCUCGAGGGUCAUUUGUGGAGCAGCUCUGAGCGGGGAAACUGCUGGGAGGUAAAUAAAGAAA